AUGAUUUAUAAUAUUGAAGAAAAAUGUUUAUAUUUUUUGCUUAUUGCACUUUGCAUUAUAUUCGUCAAUGGUCGACUUAUUCAAUCAGAGUCUAUUGUUAAUGAACCACUUACUAUCGAUGUUAUAUCAACUAAUAAUGUACCUAUCCUUCCUCAAUUUUCAACAAUAAAUCGAGCUAAUAUACCGCCAGUAACAGCAAAUAAAACUAAUACUUCAGUGUGUUAUCCAGUUGUUGGCUGUUUUGAUAAUAAUGAACCAUAUAAUAAUGCUGGUUUAGAAGUACCUCAAUCACCUGAACAUAUUAGUACACAAUUUCUUUUAUUUACACAAGAAGCUCCUACAACACCAGAAUUUCUUGUCUAUGAUAGUAAUGAUCAAUCAAUUAUAGAAUCAAAUCUUAAUUCUUCUCGAUGGUUAAGAAUUAUUGUUCAUGGUUUUACAAAUAAUCGAAAUAGUAUUUGGAUAAAACCACUUCAAGAUGAAUUAUUAAAAUUAAAAGAUAAUGAAUUAUCAGAUGUACUUGUUGUUGAUUGGGGUCAUGGUGCUAAAUUUCCAUUAUAUACAAAUGCUGCUUCAAAUACACGUCUUGUUGGUAAACAAAUUGGUUUACUUUUACAAAAAUUACAUAAUAUGAAAGGAUUUUCAUAUGAUAAAAUUCAUUGUAUUGGACAUAGUCUUGGUGCACAUACAUGUUCUUUAGCAUCAAAUAUAAUUGAUAAUCAAAUGGCUCGUAUUUCUGGUCUUGAUCCAGCUGGUCCAUUAUUUGAAGGAAAAGAUGUACUUGUUCGUCUUGAUAAAAAUGAUGCAAAAUUUGUUGAUGUUAUUCAUACAAAUACAGAUAUUGCUUUUGGAGUUGGUCUUGGAUCAAGUCAAUCAUCAGGACAUGUAGAUUUUUAUGCUAAUGGUGGUCAACAUCAACCAGGUUGUCCUUCAGUGCUUUCACUUCUUGGUAAUGUAAUUCAUGGUCAUAGUGAAGCUAUUUAUGAACAAACAUCAUGUUCACAUGGUCGUUCACAUGGCUAUUUUACUGAAUCAAUCAAUUCAGAAUGCCGAUAUAAUGCUUUUCCAUGUCAAGAUUAUAAUAGUUUUGUCAAUGGUCAAUGUCUUGCAUGUUCAACAUCAGGUUGUGCUCAAAUGGGUUUUUAUUCGGUUUAUUCACUUGGUCGUGGUAAUAUGUAUUUAUCAACAAAGAAUACUUCACCAUUUUGUGGUAAUCAUUAUUUGAUUGAACUUGUACUCAAUCGAGAUAUGAUUGCAACAAGUGGUGAAAUUUAUGUUUCAAUUCAUUCAAAUUAUGAAAUAUUAACUAAUGUUAGUAUGACUAUGAAAUCGAAAACUGAUAUAAAACCAGGUGAUAUAUUUCGUCAUGUAUUCAGUUAUAAAACUGAUUUGGGUAAAGUUGAUUAUGCUAUUGUGCAUUUUAAUAAAGCAAAGAAUUUCUUUGGAUGGGGUGCUGAAAAAGGUAAUGAAAUAGUUAUUUCACGUCUUCGUUUGAAAUCACUUGAAGAUAGUGUUAUAUAUAGUGGACUUUGUGAAACGCAUACAAAAAUAGAAGCACAUGCUUUUGAAACAGUUUUACUCAAUCGUUCGGAUUGUCUUGAUCCGAAAGAAAAUUUUUCAUCAUCAAAUAAAUCAAUUAUUUUAUCUUCUAAUAAUGAAAAUUUAAGUUUGCCAAAGAUCGCCGCCGCAACUACUCACAUUAUUGACCGUCAUCUGGCAAGGAUCGUUGCGGGCAAUGCAGAAAAUUUACGUGCACAUCUUGACUCGAUGUAUAAACUGCUGCGACCCGACGAUCGUCUUACCUUGAUGGUCCAAUUGGAAAGUGGUUUUCCAAAUCGUUUUCGUUACCUAGUCAUUGUUACAUGUGUCGGAAGACAAGAAACAGAAGAAUCGGCUAUUCUUGGUUUCGAUGUUGGUACAAAUGAGAUUACAAUCGGUAUGACAUUACCAAUAUGGGCCGAUUUGGAUAUAUCACUCGACGGUGAUGGUGGUUUUAAAUUAACUUCGUACGAUCGAUGUCAUAUUUUCAAGCCGGUGAGCGUACAAGCUCUGUGGACUGCUUAUCAGAGUUUGCACAAAGCAUCAAAUCAAGCUCGUCUUUAUAAUUAUAUAGCUAAUAAUGGUAUAACACAUAGUUGGAUUGAAUAUUAUCGUAAUCCAGAUAUACGUUCAAAUCAAAUUUAUGUUAAUGAAUGGAAUCAAAUGGAUGAUAUUUUAUCACAUCGUAGUGAUUCACCUCAUUUAUAUCAACCAUUAUCGUCAGAUGAAGAAACACUUCGUGCUAGAAUACAUGUUAAAUUAAAAGAAAUUAUGUUACAAGUUGAUCUUGAUGAAGUGACAUCGAAAUUUUUACGUGAACAAUUAGAAAAUGCCUUUCAAAUGUCUUUAUCUCCUUAUAAACAGUAUAUUGAUGAUGUUAUGUUACAAAUUCUUGCUCAAAUGGAUAAACCAACAAUGAUUUUACCAUAUUUAUAUCUUGGUUCAGAAUGGAAUGCAUCAAAUUUUGAAGAAUUAAAAGCAAAUAAUAUUGGUUAUGUAUUAAAUGUUUCACGAGAAAUAGAUAAUUUUUUUCCUGGUCAUUUUAAAUAUUUAAAUGUUCGUGUACAUGAUCAGGAUGAUGCAGAUUUAUUAAAAGAAUGGGAAAAAACAUUUCGAUUUAUAAAUGAAGCAAAAGCUAAUAAUCAAUGUUGUUUAGUUCAUUGUAAGAUGGGUAUUAGUCGAUCUGCAUCGACGGUAUUAGCAUAUCUUAUGAAAGAAAACAAUCAUUCAUUUGCUGAUGCUUUGGAACAUGUAAAAAAACGACGAUCAUGUAUCAAUCCAAAUGGUGGUUUUAGAAAUCAAUUACUUAUUUAUGAAGGAAUACUUGCGGCAAAUAAAACAUUUCGAAGUAAAUUAAAUGACAGUCAAACAAUUACAACAACAAUUGGAAAAAAAACAGUACCUAUACAGACAAUAUCAUCAUCAUCAUCAAUUGAUACUAAAAAUACAUCAAAUAUACCUGUUCAACGUUCAUCAUCAUCAAAUCCUAUAGUUCUUAUGCGAACACGAUCUCCAAAUAAAUCAAAUCCUAUUGUUAUUGCAUCACGACAAACAUCUGAACCUUGUAAACAAACAUCACAUGUAACUACUCGACCAAAUUCCAUGAUUUAG